UAGAAGAACACAGCGGCGAAAAAGAAAUUCAGUACAUGCAAAACUGUCUGUUUCGCGUACUGUGUUUUAAAAAAAAAAUAUUAUUAGAGUUUUAACAUCAAUUGAAAAAAAUUGUUACCAUCUCUGCAAAUGCCUAUUGAUAUCAAUCUUCUCCGAGUCGAUAGAGGAGGAAAUCCACUAAUUGUUCGGGAAUCGGAGAUUAAACGAGGCCGCGAUGGAAGCUUAGUUGAUACUGUUAUAGACUUAGAUAAAAAAUGGCGUCAACUAAUUUUUUCUAUGGAAGCUGCCAAAAAAGAAAUGAAUCUUAUUACACGUGAAAUAGGAAAAGGUGUUUCAAAGGAAGUUCGAGAAGAGCUUGUUCAAAAAGCUUCGCAAACAAAACAAACUAUAAAAAACCUCGAAAUCGCUUGUUCUGAAGCGAAAGCGUUGUGCGAUAAGCAUUUGUCGAAAAUAGGCAAUCUUGUUCAUACUUCUGUAGUGCAAAGUAAUGAUGAGAAAAAUAACAAGAUUCUCACUGUUUGGAGAGAGGCGUAUUUUAAAGAAAAAAUGCUACCCCACCAUGAAAUCAUGGAAAGACUUCAAAUGAUUAAUCUAAAAAAAGGAGCUGAGCUUUCUGGUCAUAGAGGAUAUUUUCUUAAAGGCGUUGGUGUGAUGCUAAAUAUGGCAUUAAUCAAUUAUGGACUUUCUUUUUUACGAAAACGUGGGUAUACAGAUAUUCAGCCUCCUUACUUUAUUCGUCGGGAGAUCAUGCAAGAAACUGCAGAGUUGGGUGACUUUUCAGAAAAUUUGUAUCAAAUACCUGUUUCUAAGAAUUCAAUGGAAGACAAAGAUGACUUACUACUUAUUGCAACUUCUGAACAACCAAUUUCAGCUUUACAUCGUGGGGAAUUUGUUGAUCCUAAGUCUUUGCCCUACAAAUAUGUGGGGUUUUCCACAUGUUUUCGUAAAGAAGCUGGAGCACAUGGGAAGGAUAUAAGAGGCAUCUUUCGUGUGCAUCAAUUUGAGAAAAUAGAGCAAUUUAUAGUAGCGAGUCCUGAAGAGUCGCAAGAAUUGCAUGAGGAAAUGCUUCGAACAUCUCAAGAAUUUUACGAAAGUUUGGAAAUUCCUUACAGAGUGAUUUCCAUUGUUUCCGGCGCUUUAAAUGAUGCAGCUUCGAUCAAAUAUGAUCUUGAGGCUUGGUUUCCUGGUUAUAAUGACUAUAGAGAACUUGUUUCUUGUUCCAACUGCUUAGAUUAUCAAUCUCGAGCACUUGAAAUUCGUUAUGGACAUCCGAAACAAGGAGAAAGAGAAAAACGUUAUGUUCAUUUGCUUAAUGGAACCUUAGUGGCAACACAGCGCACUAUGUGUUGUGUGUUGGAGAACAAUCAAACACCUUAUGGUGUUCGUAUUCCUGCAGUUCUUUUACCGUAUAUGGACGGUAAGGACUUCCUUCCGUACCCUGAUAAAAUGUAGUACUAACUUUAAGAAAUUCUUGUUGAAGCGUAUUAAGAAGGAUAAGAGAACUUAUGACAAAAAAGUAAACCACAUAAAAAGUGUUAGUAAACGUAUUUAAUGGUAUCAUAUAAUUUUUUCUUAUCUAGUGUAUUUCUAUUUUUCUUUUUUUUUGCGUAAACGACAUUAGAGAAUGAAAAAGGUUGUUCAAUUUUUGUUUACUUUUUUUUUUAAAAAAAACGUCUUUUUCAUCCCCUAAAAAAAUUAUGUAUUUUGACUGUGUACGUCCCUAUGAAAUUGGAAAGAUUAAUGUUUUUUUUUAAAUUGCAAUACUAUUCAACUAAAUUGAUUAUUACAUUCCUAUGUGUAUAUACGGUAUUUCUUCUGAACCUUAUCUGACUUGAUGAACAGCAUCAAUAAUUACACCAAAGAGUGUGGAAUAAAACUAGAAAUGCAGAAUUCUUGUAUAAUUAAAAGUAAACAGACUUCUAAAGAAACUCAUGACAUGAAACUAAAUAUUAAAAAUAUCCUAAGAAAUAUUAAAAAUAAUGAGUUAUGUCUUUAUCCUUUUCCAUCAAUUACUUCGUUAUUACGUUGUAAAACCGUAGCAUCAGAUCUUGUGUUGUGCCGUUCAUUAUUUGAAAUUGAUGCAUCUCUAACUGAAAUAGAUGCUUGGAAAUCACAAGGGGAAUCAGUGCCUGUCUGUACAUUUUGUUUUGAAAUUAUGGGAGAAGGAUUAUUACAAAAUGAAUCUGUUACGGACGAUAGUUUUUAUGUUAGUUAUGAUAUUCAAUUAGAUACAAUGAAUAUAGAAAUUAAUGCUAUUAAGCUUUGUUGUUCGCAGUGUCGCAAAGUUUUAGAUUUCGACAAACUGACACUUUUAUCCGCGUUUUGUUUAUCUACAGACUCCCUUUCUUAUACCCCUAAGGUUUUAAUCAGUCAAUUACAUAUUCAGCAACAAGGUCUUGAACGUUAUCAAGAUUUCAAAAACACAAUAGACCAUUUUUUUAAUGUUAAUAGUUUACACCCUUUAGAACAUGCGUCUACAUUUCAAUCCACUUUGUCUCUCAUUUAUACACUUAUUAUUUGCUCAAGAUCUUUCAAAUGGACUUUAACUACCUCUAAACCCACUUUCCAAUCCUUAUUUUCUUAUAACAAUGGCGCUUGAAACGAAAUAUGAUUUCUAAUUCAUUUUAAACAAUUUUAUAAUCAUUAGUGUGAAGGAACUCAAUCGUUUUUUUCCGGUAUAUCACAAGGUUGUUUAUUAGAACACUUUCACUUGUGCCAAUUGACAUUGGUUAUGUUUUGUUCUGAAGAAUCUGACAUUUUCUUCACCACUAUGAACCGUUUUAAAUUUUUUUAUGUUUAAUAAGGUUUUGCAUACAACGUGUGCAUUUUUAAACAAGUUUUAAAAAUAUGUAUAAAGUGAAAAUUACAGCAUGA